AUUUCCGGUGAUGCGUUCAUCGUCUGCGCAAAGAAUCUGACCCCAGGAAGACUUGCUAGUUUACGUGUGCCAGUGCAUGAUAAUUUCGUUUUCAAGACUUCUGAUCGUGUUUUAUGACACACAGUCAUUAAUAAGCAGGUUCAGGAUGGGUUACAUAUGGUAAAGAAGAAGCAGAUUCUUUGCAGUUUCGGAUAAAAUUUUUCUUAUUACUACAAGUCUUCUUGUGUGUAAGCCAUAAACAAAUCCAAAAUGGUCCUCUCACAAAGACAGAAAGAAGAAUUAAACAAGGCCAUUGCUGACUACCUAAGUGUCAAUGGCUUCCACUCUGCUUUGGAACAUUUUCAGAAAGAGGCUGCAAUGCCUGGGGAAAUUGAGAAAAAAUACAGUGGACUUUUGGAAAAGAAAUGGACAUCAGUCAUCAGACUUCAGAAAAGAGUCAUGGAUCUUGAAGCCAAGUUGGCAGAAGCAGAAAAAGAGGUCAACAGCGGUGCACCAACUCGUGAUCGCCGUUCACCCACAGAGUGGAUCCCUCGACCUCCAGAACGUUAUGCCCUCAGUGGGCAUCGCAGUCCCAUCACCAAAGUGGUGCUUCACCCAGUGUUCUCACUUAUGGUCUCCUCCAGCGAGGAUGCCACCAUUAAGGUUUGGGACUAUGAAACAGGUGAUUAUGAGAGGACCCUAAAAGGCCACACGGAUUCAGUCCAAGAUGUGGCCUUUGAUAGCGCAGGGAAGUUUCUGGCUUCUUGCUCUGCUGACAUGACCAUCAAACUCUGGGAUUUUCAAGGUUUUGAGUGCAUCAAAACUAUGUAUGGUCAUGACCACAAUGUCUCGAGUAUAACAUUCAUGCCAAAUGGAGACUUUAUAGUAUCAGCUUCUCGAGACAAAACCAUCAAAAUGUGGGAGGUGGCUACAGGCUACUGCGUGAAGACCUUCACUGGACACAGAGAGUGGGUCCGCAUGGUGAGAGUCAACCAAGAUGGCUCCUUGCUAGCCAGCUGUUCUAAUGAUCAGACGCUGCGAGUGUGGGUUGUGGCCACCAAAGAGUGCAAGAUGGAGCUGCGGGAACAUGAGCACGUGGUGGAGUGUCUCGCCUGGGCACCAGAGGCUGCAGGCCCGGCCGUCUUGGAAGCUGCUAGCAUUGAUUCAAAGACCACAAAACGCAGUGGUCCAUUCCUGGCAUCUGGGUCACGUGACAAAACCAUCAAGAUGUGGGAUGUCAGCACAGGACUGUGUCUUUUCACGCUUGUGGGCCAUGACAACUGGGUGCGAGGGCUAGUCUUCCAUCCUGGUGGAAAGUACUUGCUGUCUGCAUCAGAUGACAAAACCCUACGUAUCUGGGACAUCCCCAACAAACGUAACCACAAAACUCUGCAGGCACACAGCCAUUUUGUCACCUCCCUUGACAUGCACAAGAAUGCUCCCUAUGUGGUAACAGGCAGUGUCGACCAGACAGUCAAAGUGUGGGAGUGCCGCUAACCCUGGUUAUGGCUAGGCAACAGUGCAAGGGACGAUAGCUCUGCUUUUCUUGCUGUGCAAGGAGAUGUGCCAUCUCCCCUUGUAUUUUCGGGCGGAGGCAAUCUUUCUACUGUGGGGAGCAUCCAAGAAGCAAGAGAGAAAAGAAAGUUGUUCCCUUUAUUUUCUGGAACAGAGAACUGCCCCAUAGGCAGAGACAGAUGUAUAGAACAUCAUGAUAAACUGGCAGUUCUACAUUUGUAGUUCCAUGUUUUUGUCUUUCUAGCAUCUUCACAGAUCUGCCUCAAGUUGUGACCUUCACCUACUUUCUUUGUACCUUCUGUCUCUCUUCACUCUCUCUCUCUUGCUUUCUCUUUCUCCCUCUUUCUGUCUGUACUAGACAAAGUCUGAUUAUAGUUGUCAGUGUGUAUUUAUUGUGUGACUCCCACGUUAGAGGUCUGACUUGUGAAAUACUCUCAGUUUCACACAGCCAACCAUUGUCAAUCCAUUUGAUCUAUCAUUUAACUCUUGCUUAUUGUGAAAUGCUGCCACCAGCUGCUUGGUAUCUGAUCUGAAUAUAAUCAAGAUUAAUGUUGCCAUGUCUACAUCAUUUCACAUGUCUGUGAAUUAUACUCAUCUGCUGUGUCUUUCACCAUAAAAUACACUUUUGUUUUCAUACCCUCACUUCUGUCCCGUCUUUCAACCUUCUAGAAACAUUUCUGAACACCAAAUUUUCUUCAUGAUGCCAUUUCCUGGAGUUCACUUUAACAAGCAUUGCCAUUGUCUUUCGCAAACUUCUUGCUUCAUCCGAGCAAAACCAACCUUUUAGCUGUUUCUUUUUCCUGAGAUUUUGUCAGCUAUGGUAAAACUUCAGGGCGGCUUUUCAAGUUCAGUGUUGCUGACAUUUUAACUUCUUUCAUGAAUAUUUUUCUGUCGGCAAAAAUCUGGGACUUUGGCAUGUAGACUACCUUAAAGUUCCUUAGUUUGGAUUGUUUAAAGCCACACACUUUGGGGAUAAUCAUUCUCUGUGUUAAAAUAUGUUGAGAUAAUUGCAUUUCCAUAUGUAACAUUGUGUACACACAAUUAAUACAAUAUGUAUUGUAGUCAGUAUAGGGUAUCCUUGCUCAAGCGAUAAAUAAAUAUCUGCAGUUGCUGAAAUGCUUUUUCUUUAUCCUUUAGAAGGAGAAAAAAAAAGGGGGAGAAAUAUUCUGCAGGAGACAAUAGAGAUAAUUAGGAUAAGCAUCAUCAGGGGUCAUGUGAUCAAAAUGUAGAUGUCUAUGUAACAGAUGACAAGCACUUUGAACUUGGCUGUCUAGUCUGUUGAUGGUAAGAGAAACAUCUCGUCACUCAUAUUGUGACAAUAAUUGUUUCUUCUCAUUCUUAUGCUUGUGUCUCUCUCUCUCCCCUGCUGGUCUCCAACUUCCCUCCACCCCAUCCUACUCUCCUUGUAAUUUGUAAAUGAAGAGUCUUAGUAUUACACUGCAGAAACCAAAGAUUUGGUUUGUGGAUCAUCUUUGUGUUCUGAAUAUUAAUACUGCUUUUUGUAAAGAUUGUUACCUCACAUUUCCUCACCUUGCUAUCUCAGUUUUGUUUCUGCUUCAAGGUCCUCCACCAUGUUUGUGGAUCUUUAGUUAUAGACAAGUUGCUUGUCAGUAUCUAUUUAAUUAUAAAUAAGUCCUAUGUCUGUGGAUUUUUAAUUAUAGACACGUUCCUCUUCCUCGCCUUCCCCACCUCCACCUUGUCAGCUGUCAUUGGUCACCGGCCUGCCAUCAUUUGUCUUUUGUGUUGGAGCUGAAUUGUGAUCAACUGUAUAUAACAUGCAUCAUCUGUGACUUCUUUCUUCCUUUCCCAGAAUAGCAGCAUCAUGCAAGUUUUACCACAAUUUUAUUUAUUUGUGAUUUGAAAUCUUGUAUCCAAGCAGAAUGCAGGCAACCAACACUACUCACACAGUGCCAGUGGUACAGUGUCGCUUUUUGUGUACAUAACCUGCAGUUCAUUUAUGACUCUGCUGUGUAGUCCCUUUGUCGGUGACUGUGACCACAGACGUAGCUUGUUGGAAGCUUUUUCUUGUUUGUUGAUGUCCUUAUGCACUGACUAGAGGUAGUGUCACAAAGCAGAACACACGUUUUGAUCAAAUCUUUCUGGCCCCAUUGUGUAGCAUAUGGCCUGAUGAUUCAGCUCUUAUCAUGAAAUGGACAAUGUCAGUCAUAGUUUCCACAUAAUUCAGUAUAGCAUAAGCUCGUGUAUUGCGAAUAAAUCAGUUUAUAUUUUAAAAGUAUGCUGGGUCCUUGGUUUUGGUAUUUUAAGAUUGAUGUCAGAGUACUUUUACAUGCAGAGCAGCUGCCGUGAAUUAUCAAUGAAUUUGACAUUUCAAAAUGUCUUUGGUUGAUUUAUACAGGGUAACUUCAGUUAGCUUCCUGUGCAUCUCAGCAGUGGUUGAUCUGCUUUACUGUCCCCACCAGUUUUUUUUUUCGGGGGGGUGAGGAAGGGGCACCUUUCAACUUGCAGUGAAAAGUAAUGACACUGCCUUAUUCUGAAUUCUUGCACUUACUGACUUGAUGAUAUAUAUAUAAAUUGUGAUGAAAUAUCUUACUUUGUUUUACAAUUAUUGGAAUAAGUAUAUUGUGCUUCGAUGCAAUGCACAUAUUUAAUGACAUCAGUACAUGCAUGUAUCCACAUACAGACACGCUGAUGACAUUACAAGUAGAUUUGAUGAGUAUCUAAUGUAUUGGCAGCGGGACUAGUAACAGUGGGGCGGAUGGCAUUGGGGAUUAGUAGCUUGCUUCGCUCGUGAUGUUGGGCAUUGAACUGCAUGGCUAUGUGUAAUAGGUAGCCAUCAUUAGCUAGGACUUGCUGUGUGAUGUGUACUGGAUGUAGACUUUGGUGUCUUUGAGAAAGAUGGAUGCUAAAACUCUGUUCCCUUCACCAUUGACAAUAGACAGAUUCAUUGCUUCUUGGCCUUUGGCUCAAGAUCAAAUUGCAUGAUUGAGAGACUGUCUUAUGUUUAUAUUGAGGCCAUAAAGUGUACAAAUUUAAUAGUUCUUACUACACGACUGUUUGCAAAGCUACUAGAGCUGUCAUUAAGCCUGUAAAAGAAUUUUCUGGAGUACAUGCAGACUGGUUGACAUUUUUUGACAUAUUCUGCUGGCAUGGACAGACAUGCCUGGCAUUCACACAUCACAUUCUGUUAGCAUGUACUCAGAUGUUAGCAGACAUGUUUGAUAUUCUUACAUUCUGUUGGCAUUUAGUUGGCCUGUUGGCAGGCAAAGUCAGUUGAAAAUCUUUGACCUUAUUUGUAUGGCAGAACAUCAGGAUUUUGCUUGGCCAUUUGCCACUGCUGUGACCAGCUAGAUGCAGCAGCCAUAGUAAGAAAUGUUUCGUUACAGAUUUUGUUUUAAAAAAAAGGACAUGGUUAUAUGAUUCAAAGCUGUUCUGCAGUUUGGAUCUGGCAUUCCAUCCUGGGAAACAUGGGUUGUGAAAAUGAGGUCUCAUGCACACCCUAUAAUAAGUCUGACAGUGGUAGCGUGCUAGGUUUGCUUUUACAUAAACAUGCUAUUUUCCACUUCUGUGACACUGAAUAUAUCAUUUUUUGUUUCGUGCCUACAUUUUGUAACCUUUGGCCUGAAGUUUUCUCAAAUUAUUUGCUUAGCAGCAUGUAACAUCAUUUCUAGAUUUUGAGAAAAUGAGUAUUGUUACAGUUGAGGUUUGAGGUGAUAAACAUAACAAAAGGACAAAUGAACAUCUUGCUUUCAUUGCUACCAACACCAGCUAAGUGUCUGCAAACGUAACACGACCAGAUUUAACAGGUAAGGUGUGUGCAUUACUAAGAUCAUGAUGUCUAUCUUGAGACUUUCCUUAAGACAUUUUAAAAAGUUUCAAACUUUUGUUUUAAUCAUACAAUGUGUUCUGCAUCUGUGCAGCAGAACUUUGAGAAGGCCAAAGAUUCACCAGCAGCGAGCCAUCAAAUCGGCUGGCCUUCUUCAAUUUAGAAAUAAGCAGUUGUAUCCAAAGGAGUUGGUUAUGCAUAAUCAGUUCCCUUCUGUUACAGAAAAUUGACAUGCCAAACAUGCAUUUUGUUCAUUUUUUUAAGGCAUUUCGAAGUCAUGGAGAGAAGCAUUGUCUCAGUAUGUUGGCAGUUUUGCCUGCUUUCGAUUAGUCUCUCCCAGAGGAUGCAGGUACGCUACUUACUGCCUUGUGAGUAGCACAAGCAAGCAAGCAAGGUAAACUGACAUUAGACUUUGUGAUGCAUUGUGGACUUUUAGAAUGCAACAUUCAUUUUGUUAAUGUUAGGGUUAUCGCUAAGAAAUUUGAUUUUCAGUGAGAACAAGAUUCAAACUGAGACGAGACGAGGCAGUCGUGUUUGUUUACCAUUGUGUUAGUGGUUAUGUCCCUUACAAUGCACACACAACUGGCGAUAACGAGGGCCAGCAUCUUGCUGACAUUUUAUUUUCACCUUGUCAUGUAUGGUAGGUACAGUGAGCAUCGUGAAAGCGAUCACAAGAUUUCUGAAUAGUGUGAGCUGACUGUAAUGUGACUGUAAACCUUACCACCUGUCUCUCACACACCACAGGUCUGUGAGAUCCCCUAGUGGAUAUUGAAUGCAGUGCAUCUUACAAGUUUUUGAACUCUGAAUGACAGAGUUGUAGUCUCGGCACAAAUGAUUUGUGUUUGAAGUUUUUGGGUGAGGGUUGGGAAAGGAGUUGUAUCCAAAAACUUCAGGUCACAGUUUUCGGCAGCAGGAGCUUUGUGCUUACAAGUUGACUUGCUUGCUUGCUCAUGUAUGCUUCAAUUGCAGACGACAGUUCUAGCUUGUCUGUCUGUCUAACCAGUUUGGGUUGAUUUUCUGGCCAGUUGCUAGGCACAUCUUACCAAACCAGACACUUCAAGUAUUGCAUACAAUGCCAGGCUGUUCAAAUGAUACAGGACUGCAGUCUAAAUAUUUUAUUGCUGUGCUUACAUGUUGUCGCACAUUACUUUUAUGUUGCUGGAUGUGCUCGUGACAAAUAAUAGUCCUCUCUUGAUCCCUCCCGGCCAAGCUGAUAGUCAUGUUUGUGAAUAAACUGUCAAAGAACUUCA